ACAGCAGGAUGGCGGGGGCUCUGCUCAGUGCCUUGCUCCUCUUGCAGCUCCUUGGCAGAGGUGAGGGGAAGAAUGAGGAAUUGCGUCUUUACCACCACCUCUUGGACAACUAUGACCCAGGAAGCCGGCCAGUGCAGAAGCCUGAGGACACUGUCACCAUCACCCUCAAAGUCACCCUGACCAACCUCAUCUCACUGAAUGAGAAAGAGGAGACCCUCACUACCAGCGUCUGGAUUGGAAUCGACUGGCAUGAUUACCGACUCAACUACAGCAAGGACGACUUUGGGGGUGUAGAAAUUCUGCGGGUCCCUUCAGAGCUCGUCUGGCUGCCUGAGAUUGUGCUGGAAAACAAUAUCGACGGCCAGUUCGGCGUGGCCUAUGCCGCCAACGUGCUGAUUUCCGACGGCGGCUACGUGAGCUGGUUGCCCCCGGCCAUCUACCGCAGCACCUGCGCGGUUGAGGUCACCUACUUCCCCUUCGACUGGCAGAACUGCUCGCUCAUUUUCCGCUCUCAGACGUACAAUGCUGAAGAGGUGGAGUUUGUCUUUGCCAAGGACAACGGUGGUGAGGCCAUCAGCAAGAUCGAUAUCGACACUGAGGCCUAUACCGAGAAUGGCGAGUGGGCCAUCGACUUCUGCCCCGGCGUGAUCCGCCACCACAACGCUGGCUCCGCUGAUGGCCCGGGGGACACUGACGUCCUCUACUCGCUCAUCAUUCGCCGGAAGCCGCUAUUCUACGUCAUUAACAUCAUCGUGCCCUGCGUGCUCAUCUCGGGCCUAGUGCUGCUCGCCUACUUCCUGCCGGCCCAGGCCGGUGGCCAGAAAUGCACUGUCUCCAUCAACGUCCUGCUUGCCCAGACCGUCUUCUUGUUCCUAAUUGCCCAGAAAAUCCCAGAGACGUCUCUGAGCGUGCCGCUACUGGGGAGGUACCUCAUUUUCGUCAUGGUGGUUGCCACACUCAUUGUCAUGAACUGCGUCAUCGUACUCAACGUGUCUUUGCGGACGCCCACCACUCACGCCAUGUCCCCGCGGCUGCGCCACGUCUUACUGGAGCUGCUGCCGCGUCUCCUGGGCUGGGGCCUGCCCCCUGAGGUUCCCCCGGCUGCCUCGCCCCCAAGGCGGGCAUCGUCCCUGGGCCUACUGCUCCGCGCGGAGGAGCUGAUACUGAAAAAGCCGCGGAGCGAGCUUGUGUUUGAAGGGCAGAGGCACCGUCACGGGACCUGGACCGCUGUCCUCUGCCAGAGCCUCGGCGCCGCCGCCCCCGAGAUCCGCUGCUGUGUGGAUGCUGUGAACUUUGUGGCCGAGAGCACCCGAGACCAGGAGACCACUGGCGAGGAAGUGUCCGACUGGGUGCAGAUGGGGAAGGUCCUUGACAACGUCUGCUUCUGGGCUGCUCUGGUGCUCUUCCUUCUCGGCUCCAGCCUCAUCUUCCUCGGGGCCUACUUCAACCGAGUGCCCGAACUGCCCUACCCGCCGUGUAUGUAGAGCUGAGCCCGCAGCCGCAUUCCCACCAUCUCCAGGAGGAAAGAGAUCUUGAGGAAUAAGUUGCUGCUACUGCUUUUGUGAGCCUUUCCCCCUGCUGAUAAAUCUGUCUUCUGUAAACUUCCCAA